ACCGCAAAUCCGCGUCGAUUUCUAUCACGGACAAAAAGUUUGAAUUUUGUUCAAUAUUAUUUUGGAAUGUUUGUUCCUUGUGCGUAGUUUUUUUAACGAAUAUGUUGAAUUAAAUUUGGUGCAUGAUUUUCGAAAGUAGUACUCAGUGAAUAAAGUAGAUUUUGCGAUUGAAUCGCGGCGGUAUCAAAGCAUCAACACAACAUGAAGAUAGCGGUUGAAGGAUGUGCUCACGGAGAGCUGGAGAAGAUCUACGAUCUGGUGGAAACGAUUCAGACUCGGGAGGGGUACCGGAUUGAUUUGCUCAUUUGCUGCGGUGACUUCCAGUCGACGAGAAACCUCGAGGACCUGCAGUGCAUGGCCGUCCCGAAGAAGCACCUGGAUAUUUGCACCUUUUACAAGUACUACAGCGGCGAGAAGAAAGCUCCCGUGUUGACACUGUUUAUCGGAGGUAAUCACGAGGCGUCUAAUUACCUUCAGGAGCUUCCAUACGGCGGUUGGGUUGCUCCGAACAUCUACUAUCUGGGUUACGCCGGUGUUGUGAAUGUGAAUGGCAUCCGGAUAGGGGGAAUAUCUGGAAUCUACAAGGGACACGACUACCUCAAGGGGCGGUUUGAGUUCUCGCCUUUUAACGAGUCCACGAAACGGAGCGUCUAUCACAUCCGGCAGAUUGAUGUGUUCCGGUUGAAGCAGCUGACGCCGAAGGUUGACAUCCUGCUGUCGCACGAUUGGCCUCGUGGCGUGACGGAUUAUGGUAACACGAAUCAACUGUUGCGCUUCAAGCCGGCAUUUAGAGAAGACAUCGAAGCCAACAAACUGGGCAGUGCCCCGUGCGAGGACCUGCUGAGGGUCUUGAAGCCUCCGUUCUGGUUUUCUGCGCAUCUGCAUUGCAAGUUCUCGGCGUUGAUUCCGCACGAGGAUGGCGAGGACACCAAGUUCCUGGCGCUGGAUAAAUGUCUCCCCAAGAGGAGGUUCCUUCAAGUGCUGGACAUUGAGAGUGAAGGAAAAACGGAUGGAGUUGAACUGUGCUACGACUUGGAAUGGUUGACUGUCUUGCAACUGACAAACCAUUUGAUCAGCGUGAGGGGGAGCAAUGGAUAUAUGCCUGGCGAAGGUGGUGACGAGCGUUUCAACUUUACCCCAACCGAGGCGGAAAAGAAGGCGGUCCUAGAUCGAUUCCAAAAUGAUCUUCGAAUUCCUCAGAAUUUCACCCGCAUAGUAGAACCUUACAACCCCACGGUGAAACAAGAUUUCGACCUUGUCGAGCAACCGAAAGCCUUCGUCAAUCCUCAAACGACGGAAUUCUGCGACAAGCUCAACAUCGAUGAUCCUCUCCGGUUGGUUAUGCUAAUGACCGGUCAUAGUCUGAAUACAUCAACCUACGUGGACCUGACGCCGUCCAGCGUUUCCAUUAGUCCUGUACGAAACGACGAUGAAGUUCCCCUGGAUGACGACGACGACGACGACGAUGACGGCUCGAAUGAUGACGAGGAUCUAAAGCCAUCCCACUUUCUUUCCCGGGCUCCGCUGGCUUCGGUUCUCCCGCAGCCAAUGUGGCGCCACGACUCGACCUCGGACCUUUCAAACCUAGAUGAUUCUUCGCUGUCCACUUCGAAUCGAAGCUUGAUGAGUCUUCCGACGCCCAAGAAACACGACUCUACCCUGUCGGACAAUUUCACUAUCGACGACCUGAAUCUGUCCAGCCCCAAGCUUUCGUCGGUGGCUGAGAAGGGCUCGCCUUCGACGGCUUUGGAAGGAGUCUGCAGAUUACCCGCCGAAGGCGAGAAGAGUGACGAUCAAUUGGAAAAGCCUCCGAUGAAGAAGUUCAAGCGGAGAAACCAAGCCAUCUACAACAAGGAGGAUAGCGAUUAGGGUUCCAUUGGAAGCCAUUCUCCAGGAAGUAGGUACCAUGGAUCCAUCACGCUUUUAUAUCCCUUAAAGUUUUUCGAGGAAUGGUUAUCUAAUUGCUGGAUAACAGGAGUUGACUCUAGCAAAUUGUCUUGUACAUAGUCCUGGUCGGUCGGCUCUGUAGAAGGUAAGUAAAAGUCCUUUUAUGUGUUAGAAGGUAGCGAAACAGAAAUCGCUCCCUCAACUGGAAUGCAAUAAUUUUAAUCGGCAUUGUGUCUCACAAAGUGUUAGCAUGUAUAGAUACGAGAGUUUAAUGAAUGCUGCAGAAUCAUCAAUGACCUGGGUUGGAGUAAUUAUUAAGGUAAUAAAUACAGAACGAGAAUUUCA